CUCACCCAAUCUCCCCGACGAUGAAGUUCACCGCUGGAAUUGUUCUUGCCGCCAUCGCCGUCGCAGGAGUCUCUGCCGAGUCUACCAUCACCGUAGACCCCAAGACGCUCACUCACGUGGACCCUGCUUCAAUUAUCGGUAUUGGUCCCGUUGUCCCCGCCGGUAACGACCCCAAGAUGAAGAAGGCAAUGGAGCAGCUGGCUGGCUCGCACUCGGCUUCUGGUAGCGGCAACUACUACACCAUCGACCCCCGUACGAUGCCAACUCAAAACCCUGCUUACCUGGAGGGUCUCGGCCCUCAGAUGCCAGUCAAGGACCUCCCUAAGGAGAGCUCGACCAACACUCUUCAAAUCGACCCCAACACUCUUCCGGUCCAAGACCCCAAGUAUCUUGAAGGUCUUGGCCCUCAGACGCCUGCUGGGGACAACCCGAAGCUUAAAAAGGCCAUGGAAUCGCUUGAGGGCUCGCAUGAUGCUUCUAGCGGCAGCAACUACUACACCAUUAACCCUCGUGAUCUUCCUAAGUACGACCCUAGCUUCGGCUUUGGCCCGGGACCGGUCGUGCUACCAGGCAUGCCAGGUUAUGGUAAGAACGAGGCCGCCAACAAGGCCUGGGAGGAAUUCCAGAAGCAAGACGGUGGAUCUAACAACGGCAAGAACCGCAAGCUGGAGGCUGCUGAAUCGACUGACACCCUUACUAUUGACCCCAAGACUUUCCCGACCCAGGACCCCAAAUACCUUGAAGGACUUGGCCCCCAGACCCCAGCCGGUGACAACCCGAAGCUUAAGAAGGCUAUGGAACAACUUGCAGGCUCGCAUGAAUCCUCCAGCGGCAGCAACUAUUACACUAUUGAUCCUCGCACGCUGCCGACCCAAGACCCCAAGUAUCUUGAGGGACUUGGCCCUCAGACUCCUGCUGGCCCCAAUGUGAAGAAGGCUAUGACUGACUUUGCUUCGAAGGAUUCGGGUACUACUACCACGCUCGACACUACAAAGACUGCGACCCCAACACUCAACCCUGCGAUGUACGAGGGUCUUGGCCCUGCAAUGCUCCCUGGCAUGCCUGGUUACGGUCAAAACGCUCAGUUCAACAAGGCCUGGAAAGAGUUUACCCACCAGCAAAGCGCCUCUACUAGUGCCAGCGGUAGUGGUGUUUCCAACUGCCCCGAUGCUUGCCCUGACGUGUACACGCCUGUAUGUGGCUCGGACGGCAACACGUACAGCAACUCGUGUUUCCUAGGCAUUGCCAGCUGCAAGAACCCGGACAAGCACAUUGCCCAGGCUUCCGAAGGAUCGUGCCCUAAUUAG